UGUUCGAUAUGAUCUUUUUCCAAAAAAAAUUUUGAAAUCUAAACCAGGCCUGAGGCAAUGAUGCAAGCGCCCCACAGCCUGGCAAGCAUCAGCUACCCACGCCCAGCGAGCUGAACCGCGCGGGCCAUCGCGCUGACGUCACCGAGUACUUCCGGUCUUGCGGACGUCGUCCCAGCCAUACCCUAAUGUAGGCUCUACGUGUCACUCAAACCACCACACACGCACACCACACCGCACCACCGAGCAACUACCAGGCCGGCGAGGUCGGGAGGCGGGUGGGCGCGCGGGCGCAUUGCAGAUGGCGGCGACCGCGGUGGCGCUGCUGCGGCGCGCGCGGUGGGCGCUGGUCGACCACCCCGCCGUCGCCUCCUUCGCCUGGCAGCCCGGGCGCACGCUCGCCGCGGCCCCGUCCUUCGCCGGCGCCGUCGUCUGCGCCUACCUCGCCGCGGUGCUCCUCCUCCACCGCCGCGUGGUGCCGCUCCCGGCGCUGCCCGCCCGCGCGCUCCGGGCGGUGUCGGCGCUCCACAACGCGGUCCUCCUGGCGCUCUCCGCCGCCAUGGCGGCCGGGUGCGCGCUCUCCGUCGCGGCCACGGCGCCCUCCCGCUGGUGGGCCUUCUGCUUCCCUCCCGGCGGCGCCACGGCGGCGUCGGGCCCCGUCUUCUUCUGGGCGCACGUGUUCUACCUCUCCAAGGUGUACGAGCUCGGCGACACGCUGCUCAUCCUCCUCGGCCGCCGCCCGCUCACGCUGCUCCACGUCUACCACCACGCCGUCGUCAUCGUCAUGUGCUACCUCUGGCUCGCCACCCGCCAGUCGCUGAUGCCCAUCGCGCUCGCCACCAACGCCACCGUGCACGUCGUCAUGUACGGGUACUACCUCUGCUGCAGCCUCGGCCUGCGGUGGCCGCCGCGGUGGAAGCGCGCCGUCACGGAGCUGCAGAUCGCGCAGUUCCUCUUCAGCUUCGCGGCUUCGGUGGUGAUGCUGUGGCGCCACUUCGCCGCCGGCGGCUGCGAGGGGAUGGGCGGGUGGCUGUUCAACGCCGUCUUCAACGCCUCGCUGCUCGCGCUCUUCCUCGACUUCCACGGCGCCGCCUACGCCGCCGCCAAGGGCAAGAAGAAGAGCAGAAGCGAGGUGGUCAAAGGAGACUGACGAGCACAAUGCAAGAAAUGUGAUUUUGGACUUCUUUUUUUCCUCUAAUUUAUUUAUUGGUUUAAGUCGUGAUUUUAUUGUGUGACCUAAUACUAAGACGUUAUUGUUUCAAUAAUCGCUUGUC